AUUCACUGUAGUCUCCACAGUGUAAAUCAAAACUUGGUUCACUUCGUACGUAAUGUCCCCACAUUCAGAAACAUACACAAAUAACGAGCCGAUAAUUAGUCAGGAAUAUUAAUUAGAAUCGGUAUAAUGUUGUGACAGUUAUUAUUAUUAAGUUACUCAGGUAGAUAGUUUCUUAAUAGGUAGCUAUCCAAAUUAACUUUCUUCGAACGUGAACGCCUGCAUAUUCGAAAGAAAGUAUGGUUUCAAAAUUGGGUGGUAAUUACACUUAACAGUGGUUGAUUGCGUAACAUGAUUCUUAUCAAUUAUUCUAUCGUCAGAACCCCAAGCUAACAAUGAAAAAUUGUCCAUUUAGAUGAACACAAAAUGGAGUUCAACAGUCGUUUAAGACAGAAACGAAUUCGACUUAGGAAACAAUUGAUAACUCUUUUCGAAGAUGAAGAAUUGGAAUUUUUGGGGUUCAAAAAGGACCAGCUAAAGUGCUAUAUGCUAUGGUUGUUUUGUGUGUUAACGUUGGGAUUUCUCAAUCUUUUCUUUUACUGGUAUCCAAAAAUGAAACUGGUCUGUACCCACAAAAGAUGCUUUCUUGACGAGGCCGAAAAGUUACUUUUAGUUGACAUUUACCAAAAGGUUUUCAAAACGUUCACAGUAGAAAACAUAAGAGUUUUGACUGCAAGCAGUAGCAGUCACGGUGAUAAUUUAAAAAAAUCUAGCGAAGGAACCCAAAAAAUUAGAAUACAUUUGGGCGGUGGUUUGGAGAAAGAAUACGAUGAAAUUAAAGUAGUUUGGCAUAAGAAGUUAUGCUACAUAUGGGAUUCUGACGAAGGGAAGUUCAUCAAUCUGCAUGGGUACGAUAGCGGGAUCAAACACUGCGAAUACUACAACUUCAAAGGAUUUUCUGAAGAAGAACAAAUAUUUAGGAGGAUUAUUUAUGAUAAAAAUGAAAUAUCGAUUCCUACUCAAUCUGUGAUCUCUCUCAUAUUACGAGAAAUACUAACGCCAUUCUACAUCUUCCAAAUUUUCAGUUUGAUCAUUUGGUUUGCAGAAUCUUAUUAUUAUUACACAAUUGCCAUAGUUAUUAUGUCAGCGGUUGGUAUAACGUCAUCUGUGAUUGAAUCGAAAAAAAAUCAAAACAGUCUUCGAAAAACUGUACACUCUACAGAUCGAGUAACAGUUCGUCGAGCCAACGGCUCUUUGGAAGAGAUACAGUCCAACCUGUUGGUUCCAGGAGACGUUCUAGUCAUUCCAGAACAAGGAGGAAUUCUCCACUGCGAUGCGAUUUUGCUGAACGGGAACUGUGUCGUCAACGAAAGUAUGCUAACAGGAGAAUCCGUACCAAUAACGAAAACACCAGUUCCAAAGGACACGAAAUGCUACAACAUAAGGGACGACGCACCACACACUUUAUUCUCCGGUACUAAAAUCAUUCAAACCAGAAGUCGAAAUAAGAUAUUCGCCAUCGUGCUGAGGACAGGAUUUCAAACCACUAAAGGACAACUUGUCAGAACAAUCCUGUACCCACCCCCAACAGAUUUCAAAUUCGACCAGGACAGCUACAAGUUCAUUGGAGUUUUAGCUUUCAUUGCACUCGUAGGAUUCAUUUACACAAUUGUCUCAAAGAGUUACAGAGGAAUUUCCGGAGCAGACAUCGCUGUAAAGGCUCUGGACAUCAUAACUAUUGUCAUACCGCCAGCCUUACCGGCUGCCAUGACCGUAGGAAAACUCUAUGCACUUUUUCGUCUCAAAAAACAAAACAUCUACUGCACAAAUUCCAGUGACAUCAACGUAUCAGGGUCCCUAAACUGUAUUUGUUUUGAUAAGACAGGAACCUUAACAGAAGAUGGUUUGGACAUGUUCGGAGUCGUGAUUUCUGAUAACGGAUCCCUGCAAGACGCCAUAAAGGACGUCAGGUCGAUUCCUAAAGACGAAGAACUCAUCAAAGGGAUGGUUUCUUGUCAUUCUUUGUCAAUUAUAAAUGGCGAAAUCAGUGGCGACCCUCUAGAUGUAAAGAUGUUCGAAUCAAGCGGGUGGACUUUAUACGAAAAGGACCAUGCCCAAAGUCAAUACAGUGAUGUAGCCACUGUCCAUCCCGUGGCCAAGCCUCCUCAGCUGCACAGGAGAGUGAGCAGCAUUAGUUUGGCCAGUAACAAAAACCUUACUUGGGAGUGUCCGAAAGAGAUCGAGAUCGUUCAUCAGUUCCAUUUCUCGUCGAAACUCCAAAUGAUGAGCGUAAUAGUGAAGGAAAAGAGUCACAGGAAUCAUACACUUUAUUCUAAGGGCGCUCCAGAAAAAAUAAUCUCCCUUUGCCGACCAGAAACUGUCCCGAAAGAUUCCCAUGACAAAUUAGCUUCUUAUACUCAAAAAGGGUACAGAGUGAUCGCUAUGGCAAUGAAGAUAAUGGACGAUCUGGACCUAAACGACCCAUCAGAACUUAACAGAGAAGAUGUAGAAACAAAUCUCGAUUUUAUUGGCUUCGUUAUUUUCGAGAAUCGUUUAAAAUCGGAAACAAAGGAAAUAAUUGAAGUUCUCAAAGAUGCUGAUUUUAAAACAAUUAUGAUUACAGGGGACAAUAUUCUUACAGCCCUUAGUGUUGCCCGGGAAUGUGGUAUAAUAGAACAGAGCCAACGAGUUAUUGACGUUAGUGUCAUCCACCUGAAAGAGACGGACGAAUACAAAAUUAUUUACAACGACGCAGGUUUUAAAAACGACGUCGAUGUCAUGGACAGUAUUGUGGUGGAAAAUGACGAUCCGGAGUCAGGGAAAUCUCGCAAGAAUUAUUGCUACUCGAUGACCGGAAGUACAUGGGCUUUGAUUCGAAAAUAUUUUCCUCAGGAAAUGGAAUCCAUAGUCGUGAGCGGGGUCGUUUUUGCCAGGAUGACAAGCGAUCAAAAACAGCAGCUGGUACAGGAGUUAAAAAUGUACGGAUAUUAUGUUGGGAUGUGUGGAGACGGUGCAAAUGAUGUCGGUGCUCUUAAAGCCGCCCACGUGGGAAUAUCACUUUCGGAAGAGGAAUCCAGCGUCGCAUCUCCUUUUACCUCCAAAGAAACCAACAUAUCCUGCGUGGUCCACAUCAUUAGAGAAGGAAGAGCUGCUUUGGUCACUAGUUUCGGUGUCUUCAAGUUUAUGGUGUGCUACAGUCUUGCAGAGUUUACUUCAGUAAUAAUUUUGUACGGUGUCGACUCCAAUUUGACUUCGUUACAGUUUCUUUUCAUUGACGUUUUCUUGGGCUUGCAGUUUGCCUCUGUUUUCGGGAAGACCAGAGCUUACAAAGGACCUCUGUGCAAGACUCCUCCUAAAUCUUCCCUCUUGGGUUUCACACCUCUCAUGUCCAUUAUUCUACAAAUUCUUCUCAUUGCAAUUUUUCAGACUGCGGCGUUUCUUAUUAUCCAGGAAUUCGACUGGUUCACGCCUUUCGAGUUCGAUCCGGAGACGCCACACUUUUUCAGCGGAUUUGAAAAUUACGCGGUAUUUUGUGUGUCCACUUUUCAGUACAUAAUCAUUGCCGUAGUUUUUUCCAAAGGGAAGCCGUACAGAGAACCGCUGUAUACUAACAAAUUGUUUAUGAUGAGCAUUGUCAUGAGCACUCUGGUUUGUUCCUAUAUAACAUUGUUUCCUGCAGAUCGGCUGGCUCAGGAGUUUGAACUGAUAAUUCCGCCCCUGUACAACGGCAGAAUCACAAUAUUGGCAAUUUCUUUAGCACAUUUAGUAACCGCUCUGAUAGCCGAAAAUCUGUGCGUAGAGAUUUUGAUCAGCAAAAAGAUUUUGCCGCGUUUCCGGCGGCUUGGGAGUUUUCAGGGGGUUAAAACAAAUAUAUAUUUCAAACCGAAGAAGGCUAUAGACGAAAAAAAUAUUAAAUCGCUUGGUGGAUGUUCCAAUAGAGGCUUCGUUGACGAUGCUUGAUUAUUUUAUUAUUCCUACGACAUUAAAUAUUAUCUGUGUUGUGAAUUAAUUAAUUUUGUACAGUAGGUAAGG